GUCUUCUUCGCUCGUAUUUGCCAAAAAUGGUCCCAUCGAUUGAACGUCGAUACGUGCAAGGAUACGAGAAGUUUCUUGAAGUUACGAGUUCAGCAGAUCCACAACAGCCUAAUUACGUUCUGUUCACCGGUACAAAGCUGUCGGACACCGGCAAGAGUUGGUGUCCAGAUUGCGUGGAAGCUGAACCAUUUAUUGAAGCUGGUUUCGCAGAUGCACCUCAGGGUACAGUAUUACUGACAGUGGAGGUCGGGGACAGGGCAUUCUGGAAAGAUCCAAAUUGUCCAUUCAGGACAGAUCGUUAUACCAGGUUGAAGGUCUUGCCGACUUUAGUUAAAUGGAGGACUGAGAAACGUUUAGAGGGUGAUCAAUUACUGAAUCCUGAGCUUAUCGAAAUGUUACUGUCAGAUGUAGAUGUAGACUAA